CCUCCUCCACCGAGACCCUCCGCCCCGAGCAUGGAGCCCCCGGGACAAAUGCAGCUACCUGGGCCUUUCCCACGGCAACCUGCGCGUCCAUUACAAAGGACAUGGAAAAACCUCAAAGGAUGCGGCUUCAGUACGUGCUACUCACCCUAUUCCAGCAGCCUGUGGUAUAUAUUACUUUGAAGUGAAAAUUAUUAGUAAAGGAAGAGAUGGUUAUAUGGGGAUUGGUCUUUCUACUCAAGGUGUGAAUCUUAAAAGACUCCCAGGUUGGGAUAAGCAUUCCUAUGGUUACCAUGGAGAUGAUGGACAUUCGUUCUGCUCCUCUGGAACUGGCCAACCAUAUGGGCCCACUUUCACAACUGGGGAUGUCAUUGGCUGCUGCAUCAAUCUGAUUGACAACACUUGCUUCUACACCAAGAAUGGACAUAGCUUAGGUAUUGCAUUUACAGAUCUUCCGCCAAAUUUAUAUCCAACAGUAGGACUUCAGACACCAGGAGAAGUAGUUGAUGCCAAUUUUGGACAGACUCCAUUUGUGUUUGACAUAGAAGAUUACAUUCGAGAAUGGAAAACAAAAAUUCAAGCACAGAUUGAAAGGUUCCCUGUAGGAGGAGAGUGGCAAUCCAUAAUACAAAGGAUGGUGUAGUCAUACCUUGUACACCAUGGAUACUGCUCUACAGCUGAGGUAUUUGCCAAGUCCACAGAUCAGACUGUGCAAGAAGAGCUUACAUCAAUUAAAAAUAGACAAAGAAUUCAGAAACUAGUGCUGGCUGGAAGAAUGGGUGAAGCCAUUGAAACAACACAGCAGUUAUAUCCAAGUUUGCUAGAAAGAAAUCCUAAUCUUUUCUUCACAUUAAAAGUACGACAGUUCAUAGAAAUGGUAAAUGGUACAGACAGUGAGGUAAGAUGCCUAGGGGGCCGUAGUCCUAAGUCUCAGGACAGUUACCCAGGUCCUGAUAGUAAUUGCAGUAAUCGAGUCAUCUCAAACAAAACUCACCAUUCCCACUGUCGAAGCAAGUAUCAGCCUACUAGCCUUAACGUAACAGAACUGAACAGUAUAAAUGAAACACUGUCACAGCAAAUGAACAGCUACAACAGCAAUGAUGUAGACAUGGAGACAGAUCACUAUUCCAAUGGUUUUGCUUCAACCUCAUCCAACGGAUUUCUUAAUGGCAGCUCAAAGCAUGACCAUGGAUUUGAAGAAUGUGACACUGAAAUGGAGGUUGAUUCUGCUCAGGUCAGGCGCCAACUGUGUGGGGGCAGCCAAGCAGCAAUUGAGAGAAUGAUCUGUUUUGGGAGAGAAUUGAAGGUCAUGAGUGAAGAAUUAAGAAGAGAAGGAGGAAAAAAUGUAACUAACAAGAAUAUGCUGAAGGAUGCAUUUAGUUUGCUAGCAUAUUCUGAUCCCUGGAACAGUCCCAUCGGAUACCAGCUUGAUCCAAUACAAAGAGAACAUGUGUGCGCAUCUCUUAACAGUGCAAUACUAGAUAUACACAAUUUGCCUAAGCAGCCACCCCUAUCGUUGGCAUUGGAACAGGCUUCCCAGUGCUUAGAGAUGAUGGCCAAGUCGGGGAUUGGUUCCUGUGCAUUUGCCAGAGUAGCUGAUCACUUACAUUAGCUAUGCAGGAUCUAACUAAAUCUAUAGAAUAUUGGGUACUAUAGGAAACUUAGACCAACUCUACUUAUAUUGAGUUUAUUUAACAUGUAACAAGCAU